GUGCUCAAGAAGAGGAGGGUUUUUAGAGACAAAAGAUAGAGAGUGGUGGGGCCCAUCACCACCGCCCAUGCGCACGCUAUUCCCUUCUCUCUUCCCUUCCCCUCACCGCGCCACCACCAUCAUUCCUCCCUCCCCUCUUUGACCUAACCCUAACCCUCUCUCUCUCUCUCUCUCUAAAAUUGGCAACCGAGUAACAUUAAUUGCAAACUCCCUCAAGCCCAAGAAGGCCAAAAAUCAUAAUCAUACGCGUAUGUAGAGAUAUUGCUGAAGGUUGUCCACAGUUGUUCCUCAAAUCUCUACUUAAAUUCCUCCAAUUUCGUGUUUUUUUAGAGAGAAACAGAGAGUGUGCAGCAAUUAUUCAAAAACAAUGGAUCAGCUUGCUCACGGCCGCCCUCUCCCGCCGCCGUUCCACGCCCGAGAUCUCCAGCUCCACCACCACCAAUUCCAGCCCCACCUCCUCAAUCCCGAAAACAACGACAACAACAACAACAACAACGAGGAGAAUGACAAUUCCCCGAGCCUAAAGCGCGACCGCGACGAGAGCUAUGGCGCGGACGCGGCCUCGGACGGGAAGGACGCGGACGCGUCCGGAGGGGAGGUGGCGCGGCGCCCGCGCGGCCGGCCCGCGGGGUCGAAGAACAAGCCGAAGCCGCCCAUCAUCAUCACGCGGGACAGCGCCAACGCGCUGCGGUCCCACGUGAUGGAGAUCGCGAGCGGCUGCGACGUCGGGGAGAGCAUCUCGGCGUUCGCGACGCGGCGGCAGAGGGGCGUCUGCAUCCUCAGCGGCGGCGGCACCGUGACCAACGUGACCCUCCGGCAGCCCGCCGCGCCCACCUCCGUCCUCACCCUCCACGGCCGCUUCGAGAUCCUCUCCAUCUCCGGCUCCUUCCUCCCGCCCCCGGCCCCGCCCGCCGCCUCCGCCCUCGCCAUCUACCUCGCCGGAUCCCAGGGCCAGGUCGUCGGCGGCACCGUCGUCGGCCCCCUCAUCGCCUCCGGCCCCGUCGUCAUCAUGGCCGCCUCCUUCGGCAACGCCGCCUACGAGCGCCUCCCGCUCGAAGACGACGAGGCCCCGCAGCCCCCUCCGCCGCCGCCGAUGCUGCCCGAUCCGGCGGCGGAGAAUUUGUUCCAAGGAAACCCUCAGAAUCUGCUGAAUCCGGUGCAAAUGCCGCCGGAGGCCUAUUGGGCCACAGGUCGCCCUCCAUUUUGAUAAUCGAUCAUCCUCAUAUUUAGUAUUUCUUGCAAUUCGAUUUAGUGCUUUCUCCCUUUUGAAUUCAUGGUUAGUUACAAAGCAUGCAGCUUUAAUUUCAUGAAUUCUUUUGUGCUACAUUUUCAUAUAUCAAAUCUUGUUACAUUACAAAUUUACAAUCUCUAUCUCUUUUCCCUUUUCAA